AAAUAAUCUAUUUAGUUAUGUAUUGCUAAGAAUGUCAUUAAAUAUCAAGAGCUAGAACUUAUUUUUAUAGCUCUGCUGACAUAAUUUAUUUACAUGAAGGCAUUAUCCAUUUAUUUUGCUGCUUUAUUGCAACUACUCGGAAUAUCUCUUUUCUUCGCACAACCAGAGGAUCAAUGUUCGCCGUCACCCACUCUGGGCAGUUGGAUUUUCCUUGUGGCGACACUCUGCCUAUUGUGGGACUCUCACAUAUAUCCGGAACGAUAUAUGCAUGUGGCCCGACACUGGCAGGUGAUAUUCGAAGUUGUAGCUGGGAUAUUUUUGGUGGAGAUGAUGAUGCUGGUUAUUUGGUGCUCUAUAGAAUUGUUGCUGUUUAUAAUAAUGAGGAAGAUGCUUUUUGUAUUGGCCCAAACUGAUUGUAUACCAUGGAAGCUGGAAUAUUGGUUUCACGCCUUAACCACAACGUUUGUGAGUGGCUCUUUUCUGUGGUUCGUUCUCCAAGCGACCGAUACCAUGGAUUAUGUGAACUACUAUUUGCGCAAGUUGAAACGAAGCUGGAACAAAAUCCAACGCAACUUAAAGAAUAUAUAUCGCAUGUACAAAUGCGAGAGACGUCGAGCCGUAAAUGCCUGUAAGAUGGCCACAAUGCGACAGAAUAGACGACGUCAUCAUGAGGAGGUGGACACGGACACAGAAGACUAGCGGAGUCCUUUGGUAUUCACCACAUCACACCACACCACUCCGCACUAAACAAAUCAUGGUCCCGCAUUUCCGUGCUCGCAGCGAGUUCUAUCUAUCUGGAAUGUAUAUUGCGAUUGCAGAUCUCGGCGCGAUUUUUAUGCCCUUCCAAACGGAAAUUUGCUUUCCUCAAUGCAUUCAGUUCCACCAUUUCGGCAAUCUGUAACAAUAAAUUUCGCAACGAGGACGCCACAGCACAAAAAAAACAAGAAAAAACGCAAAAAUGCACAACGGAGGCCAUUUAUAGGAGCAAACA